UCAUGCUCCCGGCCAUCCUCGGUCCUCCUCAAAGAGAAGCUCGCCGCCGCCACCAGCCGCCGCAACGGGAGUCACCACCCGUCCAAGCCGAAAGGCCUCGGCGGCGCGACCACGAGGAGCGGAGCCCGAGCGCUCUCAUGCUCCCAGCCAUCCUCGGUCCUCCUCAGCCCGACCGAAUCCUAGGUGACGUGGCUAGGCUGCCGGCGACUCGGCGAGGCAGUAACGAGUGCGCUGCGAGCGGCUCGCAGCACCGCGCCCAUACUCCCGCAGGCGCUCCGGGGAGGACGGCCGAGGAGCAGCCGAGCGCUAGGGCCCCCGUGGCGGCAGGCGCGGCUCCGGCGAAGCUGCGACGGCCGACGGGCAAGACAGGGGCGAGGAGCGGCCGAGCCAGUGAACUGUGAACCACCAAGUGAUGCCAUGACUUCUCUUUUGAGGAUUUAGAGUUCACAAUGAUAUUCCGCUAGCAUUAUGCUCUUCAACUUGCCGAAAGCAGCAAAACGAAUUGGAGUGAAGUUUCUAUCAGUUGCAAGUGCAGAAUGCUUUGGUCAAGAUAUCUCCCCGAUGCAUUUUGCAUCCCUGUUAAAGGAAUGCAGGUCUGUGAAUACAGUUCGUCAAAUUCACCAGAAGAUAAUUGCUUCGAGUCUUCUUUCUUGUCCAGCAUCGUUGCUGUCAGUGUCACUUCCACCGCUUCCAUCACAUUCAUAUGUAUCACCAAAAUCUUUGGGUACUGGUGUUGUAGCUUCUUAUCUUGCUUGUGGUGCUACAAGCGAUGCUCUUUUAAUGUUGGAGCGUGUCACACCAUCACCAGCCGUAUGGUGGAAUCUACUCAUACGAGAACAUAUCAAGGAAGGCCACCUUGACAGGGCAAUUGGUGUGUCUUGCCGCAUGUUGCGUGCUGGAACUCGGCCAGACCAUUUUACUCUGCCAUAUACACUAAAAGCAUGUGGAGAGCUACCUUCAUACCGUUGUGGUAGCACAUUCCAUGGACUCAUAUGUUGCAAUGGAUUUGAGUCAAAUGUCUAUGUAUGCAAUGCUUUGGUGGCAAUGUAUGCACGCUGUGGUUCUUUGGAUGAUGCCAGUCUGGUGUUUGAUGAAAUAACUUGGAGGGGAAUUGAUGAUGUUAUCUCAUGGAAUUCGAUUGUUGCUGCCCAUGUUAAGGGUAAUAAUCCAUGGACUGCAUUAGACCUUUUUUCAAAGAUGGCAAUGAUUGUCCAUGAGAAAGCUACAAAUGAUAGAUCAGAUAUCAUUAGCAUUGUCAACAUUCUUCCAGCAUGUGGUUCUCUAAAGGCAUUGCUUCAAACUAAAGAAAUUCAUGGCUAUGCCAUUCGGAAUGGCACAUUUCCAGAUGCUUUUGUGUGCAAUUCCCUGAUUGAUACCUACGCAAAGUGCGGGUCAAUGGAGGAUGCAGUAAAGAUUUUCAAUGCAAUGGAAUUCAAAGAUGUGGUUUCUUGGAAUGCAAUGGUUACUGGGUACUCCCAAAAUGGGGACUUUGAGGCAGCCUUUAAGAUUUUCAAGAAUAUGCGCAAAGAAGAUAUCCCACUAGAUGUGAUAACAUGGAGUGCUGUAAUUUCAGGUUAUGCUCAGAGGGGAUGCGGCCAAGAGGCCCUUGACACUUUCCGGCAAAUGCUUAUUUAUGGAUCAGAGCCAAAUUCUAUCACAAUCAUCUCUCUGUUGUCUGCCUGCGCUUCCUUGGGAGCAUUGUCUCAGGGUAUGGAAACUCACGCUUAUUCUCUGAAGAAAUGCCUUCUACUAUUGGAUAAUCAUUUUGGUGGUGAUGGGGAUGGUGAGGAUCUAAUAGUGCACAAUGCAUUGAUAGAUAUGUACUCAAAGUGCAGAAGCUUCAAAGCUGCACAUUUGAUAUUUGAUUACAUACCUCGAAAGGAACGCAAUGUGGUAACUUGGACUGUCAUGAUUGGUGGGUAUGCGCAAUACGGGGACUCAAAUGAUGCACUCAAGCUUUUCUCAGAGAUGAUUUCAAAACCUUAUGCAGUUGCCCCAAAUGCUUACACAAUUUCCUGCAUUUUGAUGGCCUGUGCACAUUUGGAUGCUCUUCGUGUGGGUAGGCAGAUUCAUGCUUAUGUCACCCGCCACCAUCAGUAUGAAGCAUCUAUGUACUUCGUGGCAAACUGCCUUAUCGAUAUGUACUCAAAGUGUGGUGAUGUUGAUACUGCUAGAAAUGUAUUUGAUAACAUGCCUAAAAGGAAUGAAGUAUCUUGGACUUCAAUGAUGUCAGGAUAUGGAAUGCAUGGUCGUGGUACUGAGGUCGUGGAUAUAUUUGAGAAAAUGCAGAAGGCAGGCUUUGUUCCUGAUGAUAUUUGCUUCCUGGUUCUUCUUUACGCUUGCAGCCAUUCAGGCAUGGUUGAUCAGGGCUUGGAUUACUUCGAUAGCAUGCGUAAAGAUUAUGGUGUAGUUGCGAGCGCAGAGCAUUAUGCUUGUGUUAUUGACUUGCUGGCUCGCUCUGGGAGAUUAGAUAAGGCAUGGAAAACAGUUCAGGAAAUGCCAAUGGAGCCUACUGCAGUAAUCUGGGUCGCAUUACUUAGUGCCUGCAGAGUACAUUCAAAUGUGGAACUUGCUGAAUAUGCUCUGAACAAACUAAUUGAUAUGAAAGCAGAGAACGAUGGAUCCUACACACUGAUCUCCAACUUAUAUGCCACUGCAAGGCGGUGGAAAGAUGUAGCAAGAAUCAGACAGCUGAUGAAGAAAUCAGGGAUUAAGAAGAGGCCAGGAUGCAGCUGGGUCCAGAGUAAGAAAGGCACUGCGUCUUUCUUUGUUGGAGAUCGUUCACACCCUCUAUCUCCAGAGAUAUAUGCUCUUUUAGGGAGACUAAUAGAUCACAUCAAGGCUAUGGGUUAUGUCCCAGAGACAGACUUCGCAUUGCAUGAUGUCGAUGAUGAGGAGAAAAAUAACCUUCUUGCUGAACACAGUGAGAAGCUUGCUCUCGCAUAUGGCCUCCUCACGACUUCCCCUGGUUGUCCCAUACGAAUCACAAAGAACUUGCGUGUCUGUGGCGAUUGUCACAGUGCAUUCACUUACAUAUCUAAGAUUGUUGACCAUGAGAUCAUAGUGCGUGACUCCAGUCGCUUCCAUCAUUUCAAGAAUGGCUCAUGCUCCUGUGGUAACUAUUGGUGAUAUGAUGAUAUCUUGUUCUGUGAAAGAAGUUGGUGAGGAAGAAAUACCAAUUAUUUCCCAUAGAAAGAAAUACUAAUGUGGUGAUGACUGUUCUCAAAAGGAUUAAUGGUUCAUGAUUUUGUCAUACUGAUUCAGCUCCAGAAAACUUGGUCACAGAAUUCUACCAUUGUUUUGCUGUGGUUCUGUGAGAUGUCACCUGCACUGGUGUUUAUGUUAUUUGUCUUUCUUUCAUGUCUUAUGCUGACUUUUUUUUCUUUUCAGUGCAGGCUUCUCAUCUUCUGAUGAUAUUCAGUCCUAGAAUCAGAUUUUAGAUUACUUAUUAUGCUAUUUAUCUUUUAAAUCAAUUAUAACCUCAAAUUCCUAUAUGUUCAAUCGUAAUGUUAACUCUUGCUCUGCAUUGCUCUCAAGUGCAAUUCCAGCAUAGGUAUAGCCUUAUCUUGGGAAACUCAAUUUAUGUGAUUGUGUUUGCAUUUUAAUUUCUGUGCAAACUACAUAUAUUCCAUAUGCAUUCUUGAUUACCUUUUUGUCUCAGGCUCUUGGCUUCGGCUCUGAUAAGGAGUCCAAAUCAAAUUGGCUCUCCACUUGUGAGCAUAUAACAACUUUCUCAUAUUAGAUUUUUCAUGGGCAUGAGCAGAUGCUAGGUUGAAAUUGUGCGUGUAAGACCAAAUGUGGUACUUGAAAGUGAGUUGCUUAUAUUAAUGGUAUUAGCCUAUGGCUGGAAGUGACUUAAUUGGUUCAAAGAAACCGGUUAAUCAGUGCCAUAUAUCAGCUUGAUUGCAGAUCUGCUUGGCUGCAGCAUCUAAUGUGGCACCCAUUUGUUUGUCUUCCUGAAAUUAUCUGCAGGUUUUGAGCAGGCUGUGGCCCAUGCAUUGAUUGUUGUUCCAUUUCUGUGAGUGUAGGGAUUGUAAUUGACAAGUGGUUUGGGGUUUACACAAAUCAUGAACUAAUGCUUGCAAAUUUGGCUUAAGUGGUUUCAAUUCAGCUGUCUGAUUCUGAGCACAUUCAUUAUUACACUCUGUACAUGUUUGCAGCAAACUGGAGCGGCUUCUCUGUAAUCUUUAGUUGCAACCUUUUCCUUGUUGUUGCAAAAUUUACAGAUAAAAUCUGAGCGUCCCUGCAAGGACAAUUCUCUGAUCCAAAGUUAAUUUAAUAAAGCAAACAAUCCUGUACGGUUCGCUCUUGCUGCAACCGAAUUGAAUGGUACCAUUUAUGCAGCUGGUGGAUAUGAUGGAAGCAUGUACUUACAAUCAGCAGAAAGGUAUGACCAAAGGGAGGGCGUCUGGGUCCGGCUUCCAAGCAUGAAUACAAGGAGAGGAUGCCACACCCUAACUGUCCUGGGAGAAAGCCUAUCUAUACGCAAUUGGAGGAUACAAUGGCGACAAGAUUGUCUCUAGCGUUGAGAUCUAUGACCCUCGCCUCAAUGCCUGGAGGAUGGGUGAUCCCAUGAGCUCCCCAAGAGGAUACGCUGCUGCAGUGAAUCUGGAUGGCAGCGUAUACCGCAGUCCAAUGUGCAGAUCCUGGAUACCGUGGAAGUUUACAGUGCGAGCUCUGGAUGGUCAACUCUUGGUUUCAGUUCACUCGGGAAGAGGACCUUUGCAUCUGCCGUUGUCAUGUAGCUACACGACAGAUCAGGAACUUAGUGUUCAUAGCAUCAGGUUUAACAUAGUGCUGCCUUUCCCAUGAGGUCUUCAGGUUGUAAACAACAACAAAAAAAAUCAGAGGAUGGAAUGAGAGGGGGUGGUCCGUGGAAUUGACCUUUGAACCCUCCUUGACAGUCUCACCCAUGCAUAUACCUAACCUCUGCGUGUGGUUGAACUUGGCUCUCAGUCUCAGAUAGUAGUACCCAAACUUAUGGAGUUGAAUACAACUAGAAAUUCUAGAAUAUUAUGCACUUGUGCCA